GUGAACGGGUUUUUCUUUGGAAAUUCUAGGUCAAACUAAAGUACCUACACAAAUUACAAAAGCAAUUACUUAUAAUUAUUGAAUAUUGAAUAUGUGUUAACAUAUAUAAACAAAUAUCUAAUAUAGGUGCACAGUAGUCGCUCGAUUAUAUGAACGUCGACUUAAAUGUGAAUACUGAAUAAUGUGAAUAGUAAAUAAAAUUUAAAUAUAUGAGGAUCCAAAGAAUGAACACCGGCAUCACAACUUCACAACUUCUCGAUUAUAUGUACGGGCGAGAUUUCAAUGAAAGAAUGGGAUCGUACCAUCGAAUUCUUUGCACUUUAGCGCAUCUGAUAGCAUUUGCACCUCUGACAAGUGUGAGUAACUCGCCAUUGUACCGAAUGCGCACCAACACUUCGCGACCGUAUGUGAGUGUAAGAAUCUUUCUCUCAAACACUCCAAGGGACACCUUAUCGAAUGUUGUCAUCGUACAUUGUACGACGUACAAGCUUAUGCGCCAUAUGACAGGACAGGCAUGAUGAGAGUCUUAUAAAGUGUUAGUUUGUGCUCAAUUAUAUUGUAUGUAUAUGAAAAUAUUUAGUGAACGCCUCUUCUCUAAAUUAGUUUGCAUAAUCGAGCAGCUACUGUGCUUGCAAAUGUUGUUUGCUUUCUUAAACAGAAUAUUUUCGGAGAGAAGAUUUUCGCUGAAA